UUUUGGUCAUGUCCGUGCUACCUUCCGCGUGUAUCAACCUAAAUCUCCAAACAUCUGCGCUUCCCAAUGAGCGUCGCAUUUUUCCCCUCGCUCACCGUUUCGGCUUCGGAGAUCUACCUCAUUUCUGGCUGCAGUCCAGGUCUGCGUUCCGAGUUCUGCCUCGAGGCGCUACGGGGUGGCCACAAGGUCGAUGCAACGUCUCGCAGCCCUAAUGCUAUCCAUCCGUACGUCAGGAAAAUUCCUGAGGAUGGGUUACUCUGGACAAAGCUGGACGUCACAAGCCAGGCUAGCUGUGCUGCCGCCCUCGAAUUCACAAACGAGAACGACGGUUACAUUGACUUUUCGUAACCAAUUCAGAGUGAAAGAGUCGGAAGGAGAGCAGAUUGAUCCUAGGGCAGUGGGCGGAGUGGAGUCUUCGGACCGCAUUUAGUCUUUCUCCAAGCUACCAUUUCCGCCUCACAAGUCUAUCUCAUCGCGGGCUGUAGUGCAGGUUUAGGGGCUGGGCUGUGCCACGAGUAGCUCUCGAGAGGUCACGGGGUCAUUGAUAAUGCUCAGAAUCCUGAUCCUACUAGCAACGCCGACGUCAAAAGUAUCACAGACGCUGGCGGCGUCUGGACUAGGCUCGAUGUGACAGACUAUAAGAGCCGCAAGUCUGCCGUCGCAUUUGCAAAUGACAAACUCGGCGGGUUUGAUGCCUGAUCAAAAAUGCGGGAUUCAGCAGCGACGCCGCUUUCGAAGAUACGACCAACAGUGACCUGUGAGACAUGUUCAUGGUCAAUGUAUUUUUUCAGUGCAC